UUGGGAGCUGAAGAAGCAGAGGUUUAGAGAAAUUAAGGCGUUUGCCCAGGGACCCACAGCCAGGGACGCUGGGAUUUGAACACAGCGCUGCGCCUGCCCGGCUUCUUCCUCCUUCCCCUGGGAGGUAGCUUGGCGAUCACAGACAGUUCCGGCUUCCUGCGCUGCCCCUCACCUCCGGGCUCCCUCCGCUCUUCUACAUCCGGCUCCGAUCGGCUCUGGUCCUGGUACCCCGACCGCAUGGCGCGGCUGGGCGCGCUGCUCCUGGCCGCUGCCCUGGGCGCGCUGCUCAGCUUCGCGCUGCUGGCGGCCGCCGUGGCGAGCGACUACUGGUACCUCCUGGAGGUGGCGGACGCCGGCAACCGCAGCGGCCACGGGCAGCUCUCCUCCCACUCGGGGCUCUGGCGCAUCUGCGAAGGGCACAACAGCUGCAUCCCCCUGAUCGACCCCUUCUCCAGUGAGAGCCUGGACGCCUCUGCUUCGGUGCAGCACCUCAUCUCGCUGCACCGAGCCGUCUUGGUGGUCCUGCCCGUGAGCCUCGUCCUCAUUGUGUGCGGCUGGAUCUGUGGCCUCCUCAGCUCCCUGGCCCAGAACAUCCCUCUGCUGCUCUUCACUGGCUGCUACUUCUUGCUGGGGGGCACCCUGACCCUGGCAGGGCUCAUCACCUACAUCAGCUACUCACAGCUGGCCUUCGAGGAGACGGCCCGCCAAUACGGCCCCCAGCACGUGCAGGACGUCUGCAUCAGCUUCGGCUGGUCCCUGGCCCUGGCCUGCGGCUCCUGCGCUGCGGAGUCACUCAGCGGCGUCCUCCUGCUCGCAGUGGCCCGAGCCCUCAGCCUGGGCGGGCAGCCGGGCGACCCCCACUCUGUGGUCAUCUGAGUCCCAGGCAGGCAGGUGGGGGGAGAGGGACUCCAUUUCCCUUUGCACCUCCUGGGGUUUGGGGCGGCCAAGCCUGAAAGGCCAUGGGAAGGAGGCUGGGAGCCCUGUUCUGACUGUUCUGCCGGGCUGGAGUCCUGGCUGGGAGCGAGCCCUAGGGUGCGC